AUGGGCGAGAGCACGGAGACGACGGACUGGAGCUUGACGAACGGACAUGGAUAUAUCCUGAACCGUGACCGGGCGCAUGCGGCGGCCAGCCGGCUGAACCUGCAGUUCUAUCUCUGGAAGGACGCGCUCGGCUUCAACAUCCACCCGGUGGUGGCGGCAGAGCUGCGGCCAGACGCGCGCAUUGCCGAGGCGCCGCCAACAGCGUGGCUUCCGGCGGGCACGUCGCUGCGGCGGUGGAACGUGUUGGAAGACGUGCCAGACGACCUCGUGGGCACCUUUGAUUACGUGCACACGCGGCUGCUCGUGCUCGUGGUGGAGAACAAGGACCCGCGGCCGAUCCUGCGCAACCUGCUCCGUCUGCUGAAGCCGGGCGGCUACCUGCAGUGGGACGAGCUCGAUACCGUGCACAUGGCCGUGCACAAGAUAGACACGGCACUGGCGACGCCGGCACUCGACCAGCUGCGUGCGUGGUCCUGGGCCGGUGGCCGGCGCGACUGGACCGUGCGACUGGCCGAGUUUAUGGCGGACGUGGGCUUCAGCGCAGCCAAGACUGACUUUUACGGCGACCCGCUGCCGCUCGUGCGCGCUUUCAACGAGCAGCACCUGCUUACGGCGGAUGAGUUCGCCCUUGGUCUGGCCAAGCUCGGCCAGGCCGACGCUGCCAACAAGUACUUUAAGCUGGUCGAAGAUGCGUACGUGGAGUCGGUGGUUGGCGCCUCGCUCAGCGUUCCUCGUGUGGUGUGCACGGCACAGAAGCCAGUGGAAAGGUAG